CUGGAUAGAGCGAUAUGCUCUCAGUCUUGGUUGGAUAAAUACCCGGAGACUCUAGUCAAACAUUUCACGGAUCAGGGGUCCGAUCAUCGUGCUCUUCUCCUUGCGGAUAAGCCAUUUGUUCGUACUAGUCGGCCGCUAUUUCGUUUUGAUGCCCGAUGGGCGGAUAAUCCGGAGGUCAGGGCCAUGGUCAAUUAUGUCUGGCAGGAGGAGGUCCAGGGCACCCCUAUGUUUCGGCUUUGGGAACGCCUAAAGAAACUCCGUCAUUUGCUGUAUGAUUGGAGUAGAGCGGGCACGACUAAUUCCCUGCACAAUAUUAAGACUCUUCAGGCCGAGAUUGAUAGGAUGAAAUUGAUCCACCCGGUGGAUUGGGAUGAGAUCAAGAGGCUGGAGAUGGAACUAUCGCGCCAGUGGGAAGCAGAAGAGGUGUUCUGGCAACAGAAAUCAAGGGUAAAAUGGUUAAAGAAAGGAGAUCAGAAUUCUGCCUACUUCCAUACAGUCACAAGGGCUCGGCGGAAGAGAAACUUUGUUUCUGGGCUUCGAAAUGAGGAAGGGGAUUGGGUCACUGAGGAGACUGGGAAGGCUUCUAUUGCCACAAAUUUUUACCAGACCCUGUUUACUUCAGAAACUCAGGUACCCAACAUGGCCGAGAGGGUGGCGAGCCUGCCGAUUUCCCAUAGUGUUACGCCGCAAAUGAAUGUGCGGUUGACGGCGGAAGUUUUGCCAGGUGAGGUUAGGCAAACGGUCUUUGCGAUGGGAUCAAAACAGGCUCCGGGGUCGGAUGGUUUCACCGGGAAAUUCUUCAAAGCUUUCUGGGUUAUUGUGGGUGAUUCGGUGGUUGAAGCAGUAAUCUCCUUCUUUACCUCGAGUAGGAUGUUGCGGAGUUUUAAUCAUACAUGGCUCACUUUGAUCCCUAAAGUGGAUUCGGUGGAAACAAUCCGACAGUUGCGGCCGAUUAGCCUCUGCCAGUUUGUUUACAAAGUGAUUACCAAAAUCAUGGCUGAACGGCUGGCUAGCAUGCUCCCGGAGAUUGUAUCGGAGGGCCAAAAUGGCUUCAUAAGGGAUAGACAGAUCAUUGAUAAUAUCCUUAUAGGACAUGAAUUAAUGCAUUACCUGAAAAUCAAAACGCAAGGGAAGAAGGGGUACAUGGCUCUGAAGGUUGACAUGGAAAAGGCCUAUGAUAGAGUCGAAUGGCCUUUCUUGCUUGCGGUUUUGGAGAAAAUGGGUUUUAAUGCGGUCUGGCGAGGAUGGAUUCAGGAAUGUCUUCGGUCCUCCUCUUUCUCGGUUCUAAUGAAUGGUACACCUUCGGGAUAUUUCACUGCCUCUAGGGGUCUUCGCCAGGGGGAUCCACUCUCCCCACUCUUGUUUGUGCUCUGCACGGAGGGGUUUGCAGCUCUCCUCCGACAGGCGAUCACAGAGAAAAAGUUAAAGGGUGUGAAAGUAGCUCCUCGGGCUCCAAGAAUCUCGCACCUGUUCUUCGCGGAUGAUUCUUAUUUAUUCUUGCGCGGUUCGCUGCAGGAGUGCGAGAACUUAAUAGAGGUGUUGAAUGAAUAUGAGGAGCUAAGUGGUCAACGCGUUAAUUUGGACAAAUCGGCGGUGUGCUUUAGCAAGAAUAUUUCCGCGCCAGAUCAGGAAUUCUUGGCCACGAUUCUAGGGGUUGGUGCAGUGGGGGUCCAUGAUAAGUAUCUGGGGCUUCCAACGCUGGUUGCCCGAUCCAAAACAGCUACUUUCAGAUAUUUGGAAGAAAAGCUCCUAGAGCGGCUUCAAGGGUGGAAGCAACGGACAUUGUCAUGGGCUGCUAAGGAAACGUUAAUCAAAUCUAUAGCGUUGGCUCUUCCUCUACAUGUUAUGUCAUGUUUCUGGCUUCCCCUGACUCUGUGUCGCCUGUUAGAUAAACAUGUGGCCCGUUUUUGGUGGGGUGCGGAGGAUGGGAAUCCCAAGAUUAGAUGGGUGUCCUGGCGUAACAUGUGCAGGAGUAAGCAUGAAGGGGGGAUGGGAUUUUGCCAGUUCGAACAUUUCAAUCAAGCUCUUUUGGCUAAGAUAGGCUGGCGUAUCCUUAAUGAACCUCAAUUCCUUAUUGCUCAGGUGUAUAAAGGCAAGUAUUUCCCUCAAGGGUCUUUCCUAACUGCAACUGCUCGAUCUCGACCCUCUUGGGGGUGGCAAAGUAUCCUGCAUGGGCGGCAGUUAUUGGAAAGAGGUUUGAGAUGGCAGGUGGGCAAUGGUCGCUCGGUCUCCCUUCUGCAUUCUAAUUGGAUUCCUAGGUAUCAGUUAGAUCCCCCAGCCUAUAAUCUCCGGAUCCUGCCGGAGGGGGGCGAUCCCUUGGUGGCGGAGAUAAUGAGCGAGGGGGGAGGGGGGGUGGUCUGAUGACAUGCUCAGCCAAUGGUUUGACCCACCUACCUGCAAGGUUAUAAAGGCUAUUACCCUCCCGCGUUGGGAUGUACCUGAUAAACUCAUUUGGCAUUUUACGGCUGAUGGGGUAUUUUCGGUUAAGACGGCUUAUCAUUUGGCUGUCGAUUUGGACAGGAGGAGAGGGGUGGCGGUCCUCAGUUAGCUGGAUGGAUAAGCCGAGUUGGAUCAGGGUUUGGGAGGCUAAGAUCCCUCCAAAGUUGAAGGUGUUUGUUUGGCAGAUCCUUAAUCGGGCUCUGCCAACUAUGGAGGCGCUUUUUGAGAAAAAGGUCCAGGUUCUGCCUCGAUGUCCAGUUUGUUGGGAUGGCCUGGAGACAAUGGAACACUUGUUUCUUUAUUGUCCAGUGGCACGAGCUCUCUGGGAUUAUUCUGGGUUGGAAUACUUGGGAGAGAGUUUGCCUCGGCAUACUUUUCCUUUGUUUCUCAAACGCUUGUUGGGCUUGAUCCAGCAGCCGUCUGUGGUUAUGGCGGUUGUUGCAAUCCUUUGGAGAAUCUGGCGAUCUCGUAAUUGGGUGGUAUUUGAAGGUAAACAAUUUGGGUUUCCAGCCCUCAUGCGCCAGUUUCAUCAGCAAUACGAGGAAUGGGUGGGUCUCCCAGCAGAAUGAGCGCCUAGGGCUCGGACACCGGCAAUGCAAUCUACAACACAGUUGGGUGAGUCCCAGUAUGUUUGUAUUUGGGAUGGGGCUACUAAGGGUGGGUCUCAUUCGGCUGGAGGGAUGGUUCUGUUUGACUCAACUCGGACACUCCUUCUGGCUAGAGGGGUCCAGUUUGCUCAAAUGGAUGAUCCUGCAGUCGUGGAAAUGCUUAUGCUUAGGGAGGCUGUUAUUUGGUGUAUGGAUCAAGGUUUGUCGGAGGUCCGAUUCGACGGAGAUGCGCAGGUGUUAAUUGAUAAAAUUAAUCGGGCGGACACAAGAGAUAGCCGGUUGGGUGCUGGUAUGGACGAGAUUGUUCAUUAUUUUCAUGCUCAGCCUGGCUUUAGUGUGCGUUUUGUAGGUCGGAAGAACAAUAGGGUAGCUCAUUUGGUAGCUAGAAAAGCCCUCUCUUUGUAUCCGACUAUGAGUCGCUUCUUUGAUUUCCAGACAUGGCUGGUUUCCAGGGUGUAGUUAUCUUUUGUUCUGAUCAAUAUAUGAGAUCUUUUGACAAAAAAAAAACCAUCAAAUGGGCACAAAAAAUGAAAUGGUUACAAAAUAAUACAGAAAUUAAAGUUUUAAGCGUAUAAAAUACGACAUUCAUACAUACAUGUAUGGAUUAAACGGAAUAUUAAUAUAUAUGAAGGAAAAUACCCGUUAUUGUUGCCUAAUAGAGCAAUUAGGAUGUGGUCAUUUUUAGUUUUAGCUUUUUUUUUGUCAUUUCGAGCUUUAACUUGAUAAUAAUUGAACUUAAACCUGGCCAAAAGUAACACAGCUGAGUUGGUCGGGAGUGUGGUCUUUCGGCCUUGAGAUGUGUGAAGUCUCAGGUUUGAACCUUGCUACACUACUUGGUGUUCCGGGAGACACCGCGAGUGUUGGAGACGAAGUCUCCCCCAGUAUCGGGUGCUAGGCCUUGAAAAUGUUGCUGAUGCAGGUACUCCCCAGGUUUAAUAGACCUGCUUCCACAAAGUGGCACGUGGGGUUGAGGUUACUGAGUAAUAAAAAAAAAUUGAACUUAAACCUGUAGGUCUCGGUUCAUAAAAUAAAGGGUUAUAGGUAUAAUAUGUCCCUCUAUUAUGACGUUUUAUCAAACAUGCCCUUAUACUAUUUUUUAUAUCAAACAUGCCCCUGUACUUUGUAAAAAUGAUCAAACAUGCCCUUUUGUUUAAAUUUUCAUCCCAAAACCAUUAACCAAGGUCGAACUUUGGUUUGGGCUGCACAAAUUUCUAAAAUAUCCCUAAUAAUUUCACUUUAGAAUU